UCGGGGUUCCAUUAAGGAUUCAUGGAAGGUUUAUUUAUCUAUCACGAACUUUUCUUUGCCGACGGUUAUGAUUAGACAGAUCAGCAAAAACCAAAUCUAAGAAACUGCUGUUCAGCAAGAACCGAAUCGAAGAAACUGUUGUUCUAGAAAACAGGAAAGAGAACACACCUUCCACCACUAAUUGCAAAGUGGCAACAGUGAUCCCGAUUACUUUUCUAGAACGACAGUUUCUUCGAUUUGGUUCUUUCACAUCUGUCCAAUCAUAAGAGUUCGUGAUAGAUAAACAUACCUUCCAUGAACAGUGGCCCCAUGUCCAAAGAGAUCCUCCUAUACGUUGAAUGGAACUCAAACACACCACCACAAUCAUAACCGGGAUGUGGCGGUCGUUCACUACAGGUUGGUUCCACAUGUAGCUGCGGUCGCUGCUGUUGCCUGCCACGUGGUGAAGGAGGAAGAAGUCGGCGAUGAGGAUCAUGCAGUGGAGGAAGUAGCUGAAGGAGGCGACUUUGAAGGUGAAACUGAAUCCGAUGAUGAGUCCGACAAGUCUGUUGAUAGUCGACUACAACCCAUAAGAACAUUUGUAAUUGAAGUAUGUCACUGGCGCUCAGUUCAUGAAGCGGAGGCUCUGUGAGAAUCUUCUUGAGCACGAACUCUCAGUUACAUGCUGAUGUGGUGGAUGUUAGACUGAGUGGGACAACGGCUAUUACGGUUUUGGCUGAGAGGAGAGAUGGUGAUAUGUCGACUCUGUUUAGAGCCGAAGAGCUUGAAAGGGCGAAGCUUUGUGCAGUCAAAGAUUCCUUAAGUGCAGUUGCAAUGAGGGAAGUGGUCUGUGUGGUUUUAACAAAAGAAAAGUUUGAGACAGCGGUUGGCCCUUUAACCAAUCUUGCAGAUGACACUCACAAGUAUGAAUACUACUUCAUUUUUAUUCAUGACCCUUGGUGUUUAAGUAUGUCUGCCUUUGAAGAUAUACACAAGAACGGCAUUCUCUUCUGAGGUUCAUCUCCUGAUUUGCUGAUGUUGGAUCAAUCUUGGUACCUACUGAUUGUAGGCUUCAGAUUCGCCAAGAAACUGUCUAAGGAGAGAACAUUUACAAUCUGUGGAAAUGCAGACUACUUAGCCCCUGAAAUUGUACAAGGCAAAGGCCAUUGUCUUGCAGCUGACUGGUGGGCACUUGGAGUUUUGAUCUACUGUAUGCUACAAGGCGAAAUGCCAUUUGGGCCAUGGAGACAGAACGAGCUAGACACGUUUCAGAAGAUUGCUAAAGGCCAACUAACUUUCCCUCCAGAUUUAGGUUCAGAAGCUAAAGAUCUCAUCACCCAAAGUUGGAGCAACAUAUCUGGUGAGAGACAUGAUGUAGUGCCCAAGAAUCUAGUGAAUGGUGAUGAUGGUAUGGAGGAUGAGGAUGAGGACAGUGAAAGCCAUGAGGAAAACGAAGAUGGAGCUUCCUCCGUUCCAAAUAUUCAGAUUUUACAGGUUCGUAGGGUUGCUCACCAUGGAUGUGUUAACCGCAUACGUGCAAUACCUCAAAAUCCUCAUAUAUGUGUCUCCUGGGCAGAUUCUGGUUAUGUACUACAUUUGUGGAACAUGACCUCUCAUCUAAAUGCUUUAGCUGACUCAGAAACACAAGGCAAAGAUGGAACUUCACCUGCAAAUUGGCUCAUUCGUUGUUUUUCCUCGGCUAGCUAGUUGCAUGUUGGCUUCAGGGAGUGAUGACGGGUCAUUCUAUAUCCAUGAUCUUAGGCUUGUCAGGUUACUUUGAAGGGAUCUUAACAAGAUUCUGUUGAUUCUUCGCUUCGUCAUUGGGAAAAAAUUUCUCCUCCAAGUAGAUAGAGAAACAUAACAACACUAGUGUACUUUGUUGUUUUUUGGUUCUCGUUGGUACAUUCUUUGCCUUUCUUACUUACCACAUUGAUACUGUUUGACUCUAAUCAACGAACAGUUGAGAAAAAAAAAACAGCUUGAAUGUGAGCUCUUAACGAACUCGGGGUUGUAUUUUUUGCCUUUAAAAAGAUUUAGGAAUUAAGAGUUAUCAUCAAUAAAUACA